GUCGCGUACAAAAGAGCUGUUCUGAAUUGUAUCUACUACUUUACUAAAUUUGGAUAUACUCCAGAACAAGUCUAUCUGUUGCUGAGUUUGUUGCCCGUGAGCAAAUCGUCCAAUUGAGUCUGAAAUAUUCAAAUUGGGGUCGGAUCAUGUCUCGUAUAACUUUUUCCUUUGUUUCGAUACUGACAAGCUUAAGCUUUUUGAUACUAAGCUGUAUCUAUGUUCCUGCUAAUGGCUUACAAAGCAUAUCUAUACCACUUGUUUCGUCUUUCAUUAAACUAAGUCAAGGGGUUUGUUUGCUUUGGUCUUCCCUCAAAUCGAGAGGGAACUUGAACAGCAGUUCACGUCAACUGAAAUUCGCGGAGCUGCUGCUAUUGUUUGACUUCAGUUUGGGAUUGUAUUUAUUUGUAAAAAUAUACAUUUUGGCGCAGUUUCGCAAUUGCUACUACUUAAGAAACCUGUUUAUUCUUUGGAUAUCUUUUUUUCACUUUUGCAGCCCCGCAAUACCCCUUCUUUUGGUCAAAGGUCAACAAAGUCAAAGACUUGCAGUGUGGUUGUUUUUCACAGCAUUAAGUUUAUUUGUUCUUAUUAUAUACUAUUUCUUACAGGAUGAAAAGGAUAGGUGGACAGAAGAGAGCGGACUAAGUCAUGUGUCCUGGAAACGGAUAGUUGUCCAAGGAACUGGGGAAUAGUAAACAGACACUGCGAAAAGAGGAAAGGCGCUAUAAAUUUGAACGUAUAUAUGAAUUUCACUUUUCAUAAGCAGUUAACCAAAACUGUCGAGUUUGACCGAAUUCACUGUAUUUCUAUGAGUUUAUACUUGGAAGAUUCAUAGAUGAUAUUAUAAAACUGUGUGAGAAUUGACCAAUCGAAGGAAGAAGAAGAAAAAGAGAGCAGAGAUCCAACUCCAAGUAAUUUGAGCGCGAAAGUUCAGAAUAUGAAGAUCGUGGGAUACAAUGUCAAAUUUUGUACAUAAAUUUUCUUGAGCCAAAGAAUCUCAAGUAGAGCAAAGUUCCUUUUGGUAAUUUGUGGCUGAAGAUAGUCUUCGAACAGAUACUAUUCCAAUUCUAUACCUUAAAGUCUUUUGAAGUGUCUAACAUUGUGUAUUUAUU